CCCGAUUUCUGUUCUCACGUGCGAAGCGUGCUUGGAUGACCAUCUCCUUUAUACGAGCAGGUGGCAAACACAGUUGCAUCGUCUCGAGGGCUUGGUAAUUUCUUCAGAAUCUAACAAGAGUUCUCCAUGUAGCUCAUCAUCAGCUCCCAAUUUUUUCGUGGAUCUCGUAUCAGGUGUUGUGUGCCGUUUCUUCUUCAGUGGUGUUGCUAUCUUAGACAAGAUGGCAGCAUCACAAAAUGUUGAGUUGGAAGCAGCGAAAUUUCUGCACAAACUUAUUCAAGAAUCUAGAGAUGAGCCAGCAAAAUUGGCUACGAAACUCUAUGUGAUACUGCAACACAUGAAAUCAAGUGGGAAAGAGCAUUCGAUGCCAUAUCAAGUAAUUUCGAGGGCCAUGGAGACUGUCAUCAACCAACAUGGUCUUGAUAUUGAAGCUUUGAGGGCAUCACGCCUUCCUUUGACUGGUGGAACUCAGAUGGGCGAUUCUUCAACUGCACAAUAUGCAGUUGCAGGUUCUUCCAGCGUUGUUGGUGCUGGUAAAGAUUCCAAAAUGGGUAUAUCUGGAAGUGAGAUGUCUAAAAGUAGCCCACUGGCUUCAAGCAAGCCGCCUGUUGGCCCAAGUAGUACAGAUCACGACUAUUAUCCAGGUUCUGCAACUCAUCGGAGUGGUCAAUCUUUUGAUCAAGAAAGUCCAUCUAGUUUGGAUUCAAGGUCUGCCAACUCACAGUCACAAGAGAAGCAUGAUUCAGUGAAUUGGGCCAAGCAAUUAAAUGAUAAGGAUGGUAAAAAGGGCAGCAAGAAGAGGAAGAAGGUGGAUACAUCAGUUGUGGAGCCACCUAGCGACAAUACUCAUCAACUUGAUACACGCAACUCAUUGGUUAAUUCUAGGAAUGUAAAGACGAACAGGGUUGAACCGACGGCAUAUCUAGCUAAAGGAGGCAAUAUUGAGCAGGUAAAGCAUGGAUUGACCAAAGCUACAGAAAAGCCUAUUGACCCUCAAUUGUAUUCUGUAAACCGCGGUGAUGGGACAUCUACCUCCAAUGAAAAAGUUUUGGAGAGUGAACUACCCAUGCCUAGCACAUCAUCAGUUGAUGCUACGAAAAUGAUCCAAGGUACAUGGCGGAACAAUGGACCAGAAAUGAGCAUGUUGCGCAACUCAGUUUCUAGAGAAGCAGGAAAGCUUCCUGUUUCUCAGGUUCCUACCCCAUCCCAAUCACGUUUGCCUUUCAAGGAACAACAAUUGAAACAACUUAGGGCGCAGUGCCUUGUGUUUUUAGCAUUCAGAAAUGGUUUGAUGCCAAAGAAACUGCACCUUGAAAUUGCCCUGGGGAAUAAUUUUCCUAAAGAAGAGGGGCUUCGCAAAGAUGUUGAUCCUAGAGGUAUUUCUCAAUCUUUUAAUGAGGCCAGAAGUUCCAAUGAAGGAAUGAUGCCAUCUGGAAAAUUGGAUGCUGGAAGGGAAACAGGUAUGGUGGCCCCGGGUGCGGUAUCUGCUGGAAGAACCUUUGAAGCUGAUUCCAUGAAAGAUAUAGAUAAUAGGAGAGUGGAGGAAAAAAAGGUUACAUCUUCUGACUAUUCUGUUCAAGCAGAAGUAAGAAAGGCAGAGGCUGAAGGUAUGCGGGAAAAGACAACUGCUCAAACAUGCUUGAGCUCUGGAUCACAUCCGCCUGACUUUUCAGGUACAAGGGGGGUUUUAACUGCAAAUAAUCCUGUUGAAGAUUUGGAGAAUAGCAAUCUUCAAGCCACUGCUGCAGCGGGUAUAAGCAAGCCAUUGAACCCUGAAACAGUUGGCUGGACAGGAAUUGGAAGCACAAAUGAGAUUUCUAGGGUAAGUCUACCGGCGUUUGCUAGUCAGCAUGAGCUGGUAGUUGAUAGGAAGAAUGAUGUAUCUGCUCAGUUGCACAUUGUUCGGAACAAUAGUGGAUUGGGGAGUCAACAUAUUGAUAGUCAGUCUUCUUUUUCAAUGGGAGAACGGUGGAAGCCUAUCUCUGGGACAUAUGAUCAAUACCAUGCUGUCAUGCCCUCUAGAGAUGCUAGUGUGAUCCCAAAUAUUGCAUCUCAUGAUGAUAUGCAUGUGCCAGAAUCUGAAUCCAGAUGCAUCACAGAAGUGCAAAAAGUGGCAUCUAUUGAUGAAGGGAAAAAUGGCAGCCUAAAUACUAUGGAACAAGAAGACAAUGGUAAGUCAAUGCCAUCUGAUUUGCCGAUGUCUCCAAAGAACACCAUGUCAGAGAAAUGGAUAAUGGAUCGGCAGAAAAAGAAACUCCUAAAUGAGCAAAAUUGGUUACUGAAACAACAAAAAACUGAGAAACGUAUUAUCACCUGUUUUGAUAAGUUAAAGGAAACUGUCAGCUCGUCAGAAGAUAUAUCUGCAAAAACUAGAAGUGUUAUAGAAUUGAAAAAGCUUCAACUCUUGCAGCUUCAGCGCCGGCUCAGGAAUGAUUUUCUCAAUGAUUUCUUCAAACCAAUUUCAACUGAGAUGGACCGAUUGAAAUCUUUCAAGAAGCAUAAACAUGGUAGGAGGAUUAAACAACUUGAAAAAUUUGAGCAGAGAAUGAAGGAGGAGAGGCAGAAGAGAAUUCGGGAGAGGCAAAAGGAAUUCUUUGGUGAGAUAGAAGUUCACAAGGAAAGACUUGAUGACGUAUUUAAAGUUAAGAGAGAGAGGUGGAAGGGUUUCAAUAAGUAUGUUAAGGAGUUCCACAAAAGGAAGGAACGAAUUCAUCGUGAGAAGAUUGACAGAAUCCAGCGUGAGAAGAUCAAUCUUUUGAAGAUCAACGAUGUAGAGGGGUAUCUUCGAAUGGUGCAGGAUGCAAAAUCAGAUCGUGUUAAGCAACUUCUCAAGGAGACUGAAAAAUAUCUUCAAAAGCUUGGAUCCAAGCUUCAAGAGGCAAAGUCCAUGGCAAGCGAUAUGGAUGAUGGAGGAGCUGUGAAUGUUGCUGAAAAGAGUGAAGCUGCGAUUGAAAAUGAAGAUGAGGCAAAGCAUUAUUUAGAAAGUAACGAGAAGUACUACAUGAUGGCUCAUAGUGUUAAGGAAAGCAUAGCUGAGCAGCCUUCUUGUCUUCAGGGAGGAAAGUUGAGGGAGUAUCAGAUGAAUGGGCUUCGGUGGCUUGUUUCUCUGUAUAACAACCAUUUGAAUGGAAUUCUUGCCGAUGAAAUGGGGCUUGGAAAAACUGUUCAGGUAAUUUCCCUAAUCUGUUAUUUAAUGGAGACUAAAAAUGAUCGAGGUCCCUUUUUGGUGGUUGUGCCAUCAUCCGUUUUACCCGGAUGGGAGUCAGAGAUCAACUUCUGGGCCCCUAGUGUGCUUAAAAUCGUGUAUUCUGGGCCUCCAGAAGAGCGGCGUAAAUUAUUCAAAGAGAGAAUUGUUCAUCAGAAAUUUAAUGUACUACUGACCACAUACGAAUAUCUGAUGAACAAGCAUGAUAGGCCAAAACUGAGCAAGAUUCAUUGGCACUACAUCAUAAUUGAUGAAGGCCAUCGUAUAAAGAAUGCUUCCUGCAAAUUGAAUGCGGAUCUAAAGCACUAUCAGAGUUCUCACAGAUUACUCUUGACUGGAACACCACUACAGAACAAUCUUGAAGAGCUGUGGGCAUUACUAAACUUUUUGUUGCCAAAUAUUUUUAAUUCAUCAGAGGAUUUUUCACAGUGGUUCAACAAACCAUUUGAGAGUAAUGGUGAUAAUUCAGCUGACCAAGCUUUGCUUUCUGAAGAGGAGAAUCUUUUGAUCAUAAAUCGACUGCACCAAGUGCUUCGCCCGUUUGUUCUUCGGAGGCUUAAACACAAGGUGGAAAAUGAACUGCCAGAAAAGAUUGAAAGACUUGUAAGAUGUGAGGCUUCUGCAUAUCAGAAACUUUUGAUGAGGAGAGUAGAGGAUAACCUUGGUUCAAUAGGAAGCACAAAGGUCCGGUCAGUGCAUAAUUCAGUGAUGGAGCUGCGUAAUAUUUGCAAUCAUCCUUAUCUAAGCCAACUUCAUGCAGAGGAGGUUGAUAAUUUGAUACCUAAGCAUUACCUGCCACCCAUUGUUAGACUCUGUGGGAAGCUGGAGAUGUUAGAUAGAAUAUUACCAAAGCUAAAAGCAACUGAUCAUCGGGUUCUCUUCUUUUCCACCAUGACUAGACUGCUAGAUGUUAUGGAGGAAUAUCUUCAGUGGAAACAAUAUCGAUAUCUACGAUUGGAUGGACAUACGUCUGGGGGUGAUCGUGGUGCACUAAUUGAGUUAUUUAACCGGCAAAAUUCUCCCUACUUUAUAUUCCUUCUUAGCAUUCGAGCGGGUGGUGUGGGAGUGAAUCUCCAAGCUGCUGAUACAGUGAUUAUCUUCGACACAGACUGGAAUCCACAGGUUGAUCUACAAGCACAGGCUAGGGCUCAUAGAAUUGGGCAGAAGAGGGACGUACUUGUUCUUAGAUUUGAAACAGUUCAAACUGUAGAAGAACAAGUGAGAGCUGCUGCGGAGCAUAAACUAGGAGUGGCUAAUCAAAGUAUUACAGCUGGUUUUUUUGACAACAAUACAAGUGCUGAAGAUCGAAGAGAAUAUUUGGAAUCUCUUCUACGUGAGUGUAAGAAAGAAGAAGCUUCACCUGUACUAGAUGAUGAUGCUCUGAAUGAUCUCCUAGCACGCAGUGAGUCAGAGAUAGAUGUGUUUGAAACAGUUGACAAAGAACGGCAAGAGCAUGAGAUGGCGACAUGGAAGAAGCUGGUACUUGGCCAUGGAAUUUCUGAGCCUGUUCCUUCCAUCCCUUCACGUCUUGUAACAGAUGAUGACCUGAAAGUAUUCUACGAAACAAUGAAGAUAACUGAAGAAGUACCAAAAGCUGGGGAGGCUUCCCAUGCAGGGGUCAAGAGGAAGAGUGAAUAUCUUGGAAGCCUUGACACCCAACACUAUGGGAGGGGGAAGCGGGCAAGAGAGGUGCGAUCCUAUGAGGAACAGUGGACAGAAGAGGAAUUUGAAAAGAUGUGCAAGGUUGACUCCCCUGAAUCCCCUAGGUCAAAGGAAGCUGUGGCAGGAGAACCAUCGGCCAGUGUUAGUGGAUCAGUUGAAGCGGCUGUUUUGAAGACAGAAGAACCUGCUUCCUCUCCUCUGGCUCCUGCUCAGCCCUUGGCUCCUGUUCAGCCCUUGGCUCCUGUUCAGCCUUUGGCUCCUGUUCAGCCUAUGCCCCAGCAUCAAACACCACCUUCGAAGCGAGGUCGUGGAAGACCAAAAAGAUCAACUGUUGAUAAGCUGCCUGCUCCAGUGGUUCCUCUUCCAUCUCUUUCUAUAACAGCCAAAACGGAAACGGGGUUACAGGGGGAAACUAUUUCAAGCAUUUCUAAAACUGGCUGUCUUGAUUCUUUGCCUGGUCAAGGAAUAACUGGUCAAAUUGCUUCAGGGGCUGCUCCAAAUUCUCUGUUAACUACCCCAGUGCCUAGUAUUAUUCCUGCCUCUGAAUCAGCUCCAGCUUGCUCCCCUGCACCAAUUCAAGCGAAAGGUCAUGGUCGAAAAACUCAAACUGGACAAGAAGCUCCUCGGAGAAGGGGGAAAAAACAGGGGAUAGUACCACCUCCUGUUCCUUGCAGUCAAUCCUCCGAUUUAAGACAAGAUGACCUAUCGCCGGGUAAAUUGACAAAUCCAGUGGCAGGUCAAGUUAAUGUUGCAAGCGAAGUUGUUUCUAAUGCUUCUGCCACACAGCCUCCCACUUCUUUCCCUGGUUCUACCCCUUCAAAACCUGUCACUGGACCUAAUGAUCAACCUGCCAUUGGGGUUUCAUCAAAUUUGGAACCUAGUGCUGCUAUGCCUUCUGUGUCUUCUACAUCUCAAAUUGCCCCUAAUUUAAUUCCUAAACCUGUACAGCCCAGAGGACCAUAUCGGAAGACUCAAAGUGCUGCUGGAGCGCCACGACGUAGAGGAAAGAAACAGGCAGGACCAACUCCUGCAUUACCUAACACCAUGGCUGCUGCUAGUCUAAGCUCAAAUAUGAAUUUGCAAAAGAACCAUAUGGAUUCUUCUUCAAGUAAGGCUGUUGUCAGUCCUAAAGAAAAUAUAGUCAAUCAGGCAACCAAUAUUAUCUCUGAGCAAUUGCAUCAAAUCACUGGACCAGGUUUGGAAUCUUCUAAAUCAACAGAUAAUUCCAAUCAGGGCAAGGAGACAGUGAGCUUGUCAACUUCUGUUAGUACUGUGGGACCACAAGGGUGUACAGAACAAAGUCAAAAUACUGAACACUUGAGUAAGAGUACUGGUGCUGCCCAGGAUGCAACUAUAUCCAAUAACAUUGUGGAUGAGACUUUGAAGACCCAUAGUUUGCAAGACACACCUGCAGUUCCAGUAUGUGGUCCUCCAACCACCUCUUUAUCUAGUUCUGUUACUGUGGAGUUGAGUCCCAAAACUGUUAUAGAUGUUGCUCCAGAGACUGCUCCUAGUUCCCAGUCAAUCCAUUCAUUACCGUCAGUGGCUUCAACCUUGCAACCUGCCUCUCAAUCUCCGCCACCCGGAUUUGUGCAACCUAAACGGCAAGGUCGUAAGACUCCUAGAAACAGGGAUGAGCCCCCUCGACGUAGGGGUAGAAAACCGGCUGCAUUGGCCCCUGUAGUUCCUGACGGUGGUUCAGUUAGCAAGGAAGCUAAAGAUUUGAAUGUGCAUGUGCAACCAGCGCAAAUGGGGGAUUCAAGUAGUAAAGACACAUGUCUAAAAGGUAAAACUGGGACCGAGAAUCUAGAAUCAACCAGUGUUCAAAAUGUCGCAGGUGUGACCCAAAUUGUAGAUACUGUGCAUUCCCUGGGUCCAAAAAGAAAGGAGCAAGCACCCAAAACUGCUCAACACAAACAAUUGUUGGCAUCAUCAACAAAAAGUGAUGCUACUGGAACCUUGGACAGGACCACUAUAUCAGGCCGUUAUCAAACUGCAAACGUGAAUGAUGUUGCUCGAGUAAUGAAGGAGGUCUUCUCUGGAACUGGCUUGUCAAAAGCGAAAGUUGGAGAGUCUUCUGGGAAAGAAAGCAAGGAUGCCCCUGCAAUGCCUGUUUUGAGCAAGUCGUCUGUGGAGGUGAUCAGAAAUAAUCAGUCAGAGGCUACUUUAGCCACUGUUUUAAAUUCCAACAUUCCAGUUGGGGCUCAUGAACUAGAAUCUUCAGUUAGACCAGGUUCUGCAAAUGCUUCAGAAGAAUGCAUCAUUCCAACGAUCGACGAGGAAAAUUGUGCAAGUUCGAAGGCUAAUGCAGUAAAUAUAUUGGUUGAAUCAAGAGAAAUGUCUGCCGCAUGCUCAAUUGUGGCUAGUGGCUCUGGAAUUUCAUCAAAUUUCAACAAUGCUGACCAUAAUCCACCAGAAGGCUCAACUAUUUCCUCAAGUCUGGUUGAUUGUAAUUCAUCAAAAACUCCUAAGGUGACGGAUGAUGCAUUGAAAAGCGAAACAAAACCUGUUAGUGGGGAACUCUUAAAAUCUUCUCCUGAUAGAAGCAGCUAUGAAGUUCCCUCAUCUUUGAAUAACGAUGGUGCAAGUCACCCUGCUCCUACAUUGCCUGUUGCUUCUGAUAGCAGUCAUACAAAUAUGAUAACUGCCCCUUGUACGAAUCAGGAGAAUAAUGGCUGUCAAAGUCUCUCGGGUCAUCAUGAAAAUCUUGAUCAUUCAGGUAUUACAAGUUUUGAUGAGAGCUCUGAUGCACUCAUGUCAGGUGCUGAACCUGAUGUUCAAGGAUGCCUUUCUGUGGCUACCAUGGAUAUUGAGCGUAAGAAUAACGAAGUGAAUGAUGUCGCCCCUAUUCUUGAACAAAUGGAUCCUGCCACAAAGCAGGAUGUUGACAUUGUGCUGGGGAAGUCUAGUGGCAGUGUAGAUCAUGCUGACACAGGUGCAUCUGAUAUGGUGAAGGAAGCAUCGGGAAAUAAAUUAGAGCUUGCUUCAGAAGGGUUGCCGAAUUUUCCUUCAUCUGAUGAUGGAAAUGCUAAAGUCCAAGAAGUUUGUGCUGGAAGUCCUGACGAUUCAAAUAUAGCUAAAUCCAAUAGAGGCUCUCUGGAGUUCGAUCUGGUACCCCCUAGAGUUGACGCUGCAGAAUGCUUUAUCAAAACUGAUGUUGAAGAACAGAAAGCACCAGAGUUAAAUACCAGUAGUAAGUGCAUCUUGGAGGAAAAUUUGAAUGUUCCAGAAAAGAAAGAAAAAGUAAUGGAAAACAAUGCUGAAUUUGGUGAGCCUAAAGAUGUUCCCGAGCCAAUUGCUCCGACCCAGGAUAAUGAAGACAAUAAGGGUGACAACCAUGAUGCAUGUCUCAUGGAUGUGGAUGUCUCCAGGAAUGAUGAUUUAGAUGAAUCAGAUGCUGGUGGACUAAUCCCUGCUGAUACUUCACCUUCAACAUCAGUGAGACCAAAUGAAUCUAAAAGUUCUGAUGCAAUUGUUCAAACGGACAUGUCUGAUGGAGAACAUGUGCCAGAAGAUACAACGGCUACCAAGGUUCUGCCGUCAUCUUCACAGGAAGGGGUAGAAAAUUGUUCUUUCACGUCUGUGGUAGAUCAAGUUGAUAGUUUAGGGAAGUUGGAGGAACCCAAAAAUAUUGGAGUUAGUGCUAAUCUUCAAGUGAUUGUGUCUCAGGAUGAUGUGAUUUCAGAAAACCUUGUGCGUGAAGAUUCAAAUGAUACAUCCAUUGCACUACAGGAAGGGAAGAUUGAGGGAUCUGGUGAGAUAAAUCGAGGGUCUCCUAGUGAAGAAAGGCAAUCUGAUCCUCAAGUUGAAGAGGUUCUUGUUGAUCGAAUCGAAGAAGAUAAAUCAGGAAAUUUGGCCCAACCACUUUCUUCGACAGAAGUUAAGGAAAUAAAUAUGAUGGUGUUACCCACAAGUUUAGAUAAUUCAGGUGAUCAAACUGAUUUACCUGAAUCCUCAUCCACGAUGACAGACAGAGAAAUUAUUGGGAAUUCUUGCAAGGAUGAUUUGCAGGAGUGCACAGUCACGGAUUCAAUAAAAACUCUCCAGGAUAGUAGAGAAUUACCAAAAGAGUUAUCACAAGUUUCGGCUGUGUUUGCUUCAACCAACAGCAACGAGGAGUCGCCUCAAUUGGAUCCCCCUCAAUUGGAUCCCCUUAGCUCCCCAGUCUCUCUGGAGCGACCAAGUGAUAAUCCAAUGAGUAGUGACCAUAUGGUUGCAACACAUGAUAACAUUGUUUUGUCUGAAAAUGUGUCAUCUGUUUUGUUAGUUAGUGAAGAAAACAAGCGUCAAAGUUCCUCUGAGAAAUCCUUAUCUGAUAGUGCAGAGCCGUUGGAGGAUUGCAAAGAUUCUGAUAAUAGCAGCGACAGAUUGGUCAUUACUCAAGUCAACAAGGAACAGCUUUUAAGCAUCUCCGAAAACCUCGUCUCCGUGGAUUCUUCCAAUCAUAUGGAAGUUUCCACUAGUGAUCAGAUUAAUGUUCCUCAAACUGAGGAGUCUGUUCCCGUAAAUCCAGUUGAUACCUUAAACCAGCCCCUACCUUCUACAAGUACUAUGGAAGAAGAUAAGUCCGAAACCUCAUUUGAUAGUGGACUAAUUGCUGUCCCCCUGCUGCUGACAGAUGUUUUGCAGACUGAAACAGAACCAAUGGACACUUCUCAACCUGGUGGUAUUUUAGAAGAUGCAUCAGGAGAAACAAUUUUGCCUUCAUCUUCUUUGUUGGAAGAGGUGGGGGAGCCUUCUCUAGACAAGGCUGUAACAGCCAGUCCAUCCUCUCUACCUGUUGAAAAUGAAAGUAUGGAACGCUCACCAGUUUCGAGCCCGGCUGAUAAUGCCAUUGCAGUUGUAGAAACAGUUGUAUGUGAUGAAGCUAAUGUAUCCACGGAAAAUGAAAGGUGCCCACCGGCAGAUUGUGCCGGAGAUUUAGAAAUGGCCAUAUGCAACGAAGCUGAUGUUCCACCAGUCAGUGACACGGUGCAGGAUCCGGCCAAUAGUGUCACUUCAGUAGAAUUAGCCAUACGUGAUGAAGUUGAUGUUCCUCCAGUUUGUGACUCGGCAAACGCUCCAGCUGAUACCUCUACGAUAUGUGAUCAAGCUGACGCAGCUCCUCCAGCUGAUACCUCUACCAUAUGUGAUCAAGCGGACGCAGCUCCUCCAGCUGAUACCUCUACCAUAUGUGAUCAAGCAGAUGCAGCUCCUCCAGCUUCCGAGUUAAAACAGGAUCCAGUUGAUAGCACCCUGGCAUGUGAUCAAGCGGAUGUUUCUCCAGUUUCUGACUCGCUGCCAGAAAAUAAGUCUCCAAAUUUGGACCUGCCUCCUGGAUCUCCACCAGUGAAGGAUGAAAUAACUGUCGAAACCCAGGAGCGGUCACCGGAGGAAACUCCAGUUGACAAAAGUUCAGUUGAAUCCGAAACAGAGGAUCCAAAGCAAAGUGAAUGAAUGUAGAAAUCUUCUGUAAAUUUUUUUUGUAUUCCCCUGGUAUCCAAGUUUUUAACCCCACCGGGGAAAUUGUAGCUUCAAUUUAUAGGAACCUCUACUAUCAUUUUGUAUGUAUAUAUAUAUACACACACCAAUUAUGGCUUAGGUUACCUUUCUAUAUAAUUAAUUAUUCAUGGCAGAUUUAUGGUUCUCUUGAGAACCAAACAUUGUACUGAACAAUCAAACCUCAUUCUCAUAACCUCUUUAUUUCAGGAAUUAAAUAUUGAUGCAUUAAAAAAAUUCUCAUUAGUAA